CAAUCCCUUGCAGCGGCGACUGAGCAAAGCAGUGCCUCGGUGCAAGAGGCCGCGGCUGUCAUUAGCCCGGAUUCCCGGGGGCCAGCUGUCACUCACCCGGAUCCCCGGGGGCCAGCUGUCAAUCACUCGGCUCCGGGGCUGCAAUAGCCGCGCUGCUAGAGAACUGCAACCCCUUUGCAACCCGCUUGCAUCCCUCUAGCACCCCCCUUAGAACCCCAUUUCACCCCCUUGCAACCCCAUUUCACCCCUUGCAAGCCCUUUUCAUCCCCUUUGCAACCCGCUUGCAUCUCUCUAGCACCCCCCUUGCAACCCCAUUUCAUCCCUCUUGCAUCCACCUUGCAUUGAGAGGGGAAACCCUCGUUCUCCCCUCCCUCCCCAUCCAACGCACAGUCGCACCAUGUUUUUGUAGCUGUUGCAUUUCUCUUAUCCCUCUGCUCCCUUGCAGCACGCACCAUCCAUUCCUUCCCCAAGCAAAAACCUUUUUUUGUUGUUUUGCAUUUUAUUUUGUGUCUGGUUAAACCGUGUCCAAUGAUAUCCCCGUUGCCUGCCAAAUUGCUGGCAGCCCCAGCCGCCGCCACCACCACCUUCUCCUGGAGCCCUGAUGCGGGCACCCACAGCAUGUUUGACCGAAAGCGUUCUGCCGUUCGCAACAUUCAACAGAGCUUGGUGCUGGAACUCCUCGGUGAACCCAACGUGGCCCUGCAAAACUAUCAGACCAGGUCCCCAGAGGAGUACAGCUCGCUGCACAAUUCAGAGUGGGGAGAAGAGGUGGAAGAAGGAGCCGUCUACAAUGUUACGUUGAAGAAGGUUCAGAUACAACAAGCUGCCAACAAAGGUGCAAGAUGGCUGGGGGUGGAAGGAGACCAAGUACCGCCAGGUCACACCUUCAGCCAUUAUAAAACAUACAAAAUCCGCACUAUUAAAGCUGGAACCCUGGAAAAACUGGUAGAAAAUCUCCUAACUGAUUUUGGAGACAACGACUUCACUUAUAUCAGCAUCUUUCUGUCAACAUACCGAGCGUUUGCUACAACAGAGCAGGUACUGGAGCUGCUGCUAGACAGGUACGGAAAUUUUGAAUGUCAAAGCGGUGGGGAAGAUGCAGAUCAAAGUACAUCGGUAAUGAGAGCGGUGAUUCGGAAUGCUGUCGCCUCCAUUUUGCGAGCUUGGCUAGACCAGUAUUCUGAAGACUUCCAGGACGUCCCGAACUACACCUGCCUCCACAAGGUGCUGUGUUACCUGAGGAAGACGAUGCCUGGCUCCGAUCCGGAGCAGAGAGCCGAGAACCUCCUGCAGCACUUCCAGAAAGAGGAGCUGACGGAACAGGAGCUGGACAAUGGUUACCAUGGCAACGUCACUUUCAGCCUGGGAGAGGAAGGGGAUGUGCAGAGAGAUGGAAUAGAAGAAAAACAGGAUUUCCUCUCUUUCCCGUCAGAUAAAGUGGCAGAACAGUUGACGUACAUGGAUGCUGACCUGUUCAAGAAGGUUGUCCCACAUCACUGCGUGGGCUGUAUCUGGUCGAGACGGGACAAGAAGGGGAAUGAGCACCUCGCACCCACCGUCCGGGCCACCAUCACUCAGUUCAACGCCGUCACCAAGUGCGUCGUCAGCACCAUACUGAGGGACUUGCAGCUGAAGCCCCAACAACGAGGCAAAAUCAUCGAGAAGUGGAUCGACGUUGCCCAGGAAUGCAGGAUCAUGAAGAAUUUCUCCUCGCUCCGGGCUAUUCUAUCAGCCAUGCAGUCAAUCCCCAUCUACAGGCUGAAGAGGACCUGGGCCACUGUUUCAAAGGACAGCAAGUUGAUGUUUGAAGAACUUUCGGAAAUCUUCUCCGAUCAGAACAACCAUCUGACGAGUCGAGAGUUGCUAAUGAAGGAAGGCACGUCGAAAUUUGCAAAUCUCGACAGCAAUGUGAAGGAAAACCAGAAACGCAUUCAGAAACAACUGCAGUUGCAGAAGGACAUGGGAGUGAUGCAAGGCACCGUGCCGUAUCUCGGUACGUUCUUGACUGACUUGACGAUGCUGGACACCGCGCUCCCCGACUAUGUCGAUGGCUUGAUCAACUUUGAAAAAAGACGACGGGAGUUUGAGGUGUUAGCCCAGAUUAAGCUGUUGCAGUCUGCCUGUAACACUUACUGCAUCAGUCCCAUCCAACGUUUUCUCAAGUGGUUCCGCACUCAACAGUAUUUAACUGAUGGUGAAAGCUACAACGUGUCGUGUGAAAUCGAACCAACCACCGAUACAAGUCCCACAUCUCCAAAGCCCAGGAAGAGCAUGGUGAAGCGUCUCAGUCUUUCUCCCACCUGUCUCCGACCUGUACUGACUACAGAUUGCUCUAGUAAAUCGUGUGAAAUCGAACCAACCACCGAUACAAGUCCCACAUCUCCAAAGCCCAGGAAGAGCAUGGUGAAGCGUCUCAGUCUUUCUCCCACCUGUCUCCGACCUGUACUGACUACAGAUUGCUCUAGUAAAUCGUGUGAAAUCGAACCAACCACCGAUACAAGUCCCACAUCUGCAAAGCCCAGGAAGAGCAUGGUGAAGCGUCUCAGUCUGCUGUUUUAGGGGUCGGAGGUCAUCAAGAGAGAACUCCCACUAAGAGCUGCCAACA